AUGGCUUCGACUGUAAUCCCCAGUACUGCAACCGAAAUUCAGACUUCUCCUCAUGUCCUUCCGCCAGAGUUCAAGCAUCCUUUGGACCCGUUGACCCCUGACGAAAUCACAGCCGUCACCUUUACUGUUCGCAGUCAUGUCGCCACCAAGACUGAAAUCAAGGCAAUCAAGUUCAUAACCUGCAGCCUCCUUCCGGCGCCUAAGAAGGCGGUCCUUGCUUAUCUCGGCAUUCCGCUGACUCCGGGAGGAAAACCAGAAGCCCCCACCCCCAUCGUUAGGAAGGCAGAAGUCGAUUUCCUCGACGUUGUUAACGGACAUUCGUACAAUGUGCUCCUCGCUCUCGGCGACGGGAAAUGGAGUAUUCAGGCCUUUGAACGUCUUCCGGAAGGCGUACAGCCCCAGAUAUCGGUUGAAGAACUCGUCGACUGCGAGAAAGUCGUGAAGAAUGAUCCUAGAGUCCAGCAAUUGGCCAAGGAAGUUGGUGUUCUCCCCGAGCAAAUCUUCUGUGACGGCUGGGCCAUUGGUUAUGAUGACCGUUUCCCUCACACUCGUCGUGUCCAGCAGGCUUUUGUGUUUGCAAGAUAUUCGGAGCAUGAGAACCUGUAUGCUCAUCCAUUGGACUUCAUUCCCGUCAUUGAUUCAAAUACUGACAAAGUAAUCCAUAUUGAUUUUCCUUAUCAAUACAAGCCCGCCGACGAAGGUGGCGCUCUCAGUGCUCCAAGUACCAAAUUCCCGGAGCUCUCCGAAGACUCCUUUACGGUAGCAAACCGACCUCGUAUCCCUCCUCCCAAGAAGUCCUUUGAUUUCCUCCCUGACCUCAUGAAGAAGAACGAAGGGGGUUACAAGCCCAGAGAUGACAUCAAGCCCCUGCAUAUCGUGCAACCCGAGGGCGUCAGUUUCAAGAUGAACGGACACGAGUUGGAAUGGCAAAAUUGGAAGAUGCAUAUUUCAUUUACUCACCGUGAGGGUAUUGCUCUUUCGACUAUCACAUACAAUGAUAACGGCGAAAUAAGGCCCAUCUUGUAUCGUUUAUCGUUGGCUGAGAUGGUUGUACCUUACGGUGCCCCGGAAUACCCUCAUCCUAGAAAAUUUGCUUUUGAUUCAGGUGAGUAUGGGAUGGGAACGAUGGCGAAUGAACUAUCAUUAGGAUGUGAUUGUGUCGGUCAGAUUCACUAUCUGCCCGGUUCGUAUGUCGCACACGAUGGGAGUGCUGUCACAGUAAAGAACGUCAUUUGCAUCCACGAGGAGGAUAGCGGUGUGCUAUGGAAGCACACCGACUACCGCCCCGGAGGCCGCGGGCAAACCGUCCGCCGCCGCCGUUUAGUCGUCAGCAUGGUCUGCACGCUCGCUAACUACGAGUACAUCUGGAAUUACCAGUUCUACCAAGACGGUACCAUCGAACUCGAAGCUCGCCUAACAGGUAUUCUCCAGGUCUACGUCGCCCAAGACGGCGAGAAGAGCAAAUACGGAACCCUCGUCGCGCCAAACGUCAACGCCCAGUACCACCAGCACCUCUUCUCCAUCCGUGUCGACCCCAUGAUCGACGGUAUCAACAACACCGUCAUUGAAUCCGACGUCCUCCCCAUCCCCGACGCAGGGACCGGCUCCACGGAGAACUUUGCCGGGAACGGGUUCCUCACACAGGAAACCGUGUUGAAUAAAGAGGCUGGGAGGCCGUAUGAUUGGGAGAAGGAGCGGAGGUGGAGGAUCGUCAAUACCGCGAGGAAGCAUUAUAGUAGUGGGAAAGACGUCGGGUACGUUGUCGCCAUGAAGGGCGGGAUCACGCCCAUGUUCGCGAGGAAGGACGGGUGGGCGCUGAAGAGGGCUGCGUUUUGUAAUUAUCCCAUUUGGGUGUGCAAGGACGUUGAAGAUGAGCAGGGUAGUAGGAUGUGGCCUGCGGGUAAGUUCGUACCUCAGACCAGGGACAGUCCGGCAGAUGCGAUCGACUCGUGGGUCAAGGGAGAGAAGAAUAUCGAAAAUGAGGAUAUUUUGGUGUAUCUCACAGUCGGAACGACGCAUAUUCCCCGUCCGGAAGAUUGGCCUGUGAUGCCCGUGGAGCACUUGAGUGUCACGCUAAAACCUCAGUCGUUCUUCACUAUGAAUCCAAGUAUGGACGUCCCUGGUACUCGGGAUCCGAGAAGUGUUGCUGCCUUCUCUCAAGAUUCUUCAAAUACUGAGGGCCAGUCAAAUUGUCAUUGUAACUGA